AUGAAGCAAGUAGUAGGAAUGGUGGUUUCGAAUAAGAUGCAGAAGUCGGUUGUGGUGGCGGUGGAUAGAUUAUUUCACCACACGGUGUUCAACAGAUAUGUUAAGCGCACUUCGAAGUUCAUGGCUCACGACGAGAACAAUCUUUGUAAUAUUGGUGACCGGGUUCGAUUGGAUUCUUCUAGGCCUUUGAGCAAGCGUAAACAUUGGGUGGUUGCUGAAAUUCUCAAGAAAGCACGCAUAUAUGUUCCUCCUUCUGCACCGGUGUCUGAGAAUGUGAGCUCCGGAGGACCUGCAUCUACAUCAUGA